CCAAAAGCGUUAUCUUUAAAUCCGGACGCGGGGGUAUAGGCGGGCAGAGCGGCUUGUGGCACGGAGUGUGUGUGAGGCGACCAUGGUGCGGACUAAAGCAGAUAGCGCGGGAUCAUCCACCGGCAGCUACAGGAAAGCUGUUGCUGCUAGAGCACCACGGAAGUCUUUUGGUGCAACCCCUUCUUCCUCCAACCAUUCAACCUCUCCAACUGGGAAAAAAUCUGAAGGCAAGUAUGCUGGAGGUAAUCCUGUAUGUGUCCGACCUACUCCAACAUGGCAGAAAGGUAUAGGAGAUUUCUUUGGAUCCCCAUCUACUAGUAAUGAGGAAAAAGAGAACCACGUUGAAAAAGAGAACCGCGUGGAAAAAGAGAACCGCGUGCCUUCUGAUGACGAGGAAGAAGCAGGGGGCAGUGGAGUUGGUAAAGCACCAAGGAAAUCUCGUCCAUUGGUUGAUGAUGGUUCAGAUGAAGAGUGAAUAUAUAUUUUUUUAAUGUGUUAAAAAAAUUGAAUUGCUUGUAUAUUUGUAAAUAAAGUCCCCUUUUUUUU